CUUUUCUAAAAAAAACCUCAUACGUUCUUUGCUUGUCUACCUGGUUAUACAGGUAUCACUCGCUUGGUUAUUCUUGUUCUCAUUGUUUUAGUCGAGUGUUGCGCGAGUGACUAUCGUCUCUCGUUAUCAUUACUUCUUUACUACGUAUUGUCUCCCCGCCUCGGGGCAUGUCUAUCGGGCAUUGUCACAUGGGACGUACGUAUGUACGAGUAGGCGGCAAUUCCUGCACCCCCGGCCUCUGACCACCUCCUCAUCCUCCUCCAACCCCUCUCCUACUCCCACCUGCGUGGUGAGAUUUUGAAAAAGAUCUCUCUUCUCAAUCGCUUUCUCUCGGAUAUACUCAACCUUCUCCAGGGACACCCCCCCCUGUUGAGCCUGCAGGAUGCAAUACGUCCGCAGCAUCAGCGGUUCCGUCUCGAAGACCUGGAACUCCAUCAACCCAGCCACCCUCAGCGGGGCAAUUGAUGUCAUUGUGAUCGAGCAAGAGGAUGGAACGUUGGCUUGUUCUCCAUUCCAUGUUCGAUUCGGCAAGUUCUCACUCCUCCGCCCGUACGAGAAAAAGGUGGAAUUCUCCGUGAAUGGCGUCAAACAGGACUAUGCGAUGAAGCUGGGUGAGGGCGGGGAGGCUUUUUUCGUGUUCGAAACGACUGCCGAGAUUCCCGCCUCGCUGCAGACGUCACCCUUAGUUUCGCCUACCAGCAGUCCUAAGAUGCGCAGCGAAGAGAACAUUUCCUCUUCCUUGUCAGAGCCGGAGUAUUUAGACCUCGAUCGAUCUCCGUCGCCUACUGAAAACCGAGCCGAUGGGAAGUCAUCGGCUGAACUCCCCAUAUUGUCCAGGGGGAUGCGGGCAUCCAGCGACCUGGGUACCAUUACACCUCUUUCGCGAUCACCGGAUAACGAUUCAACUUUGGGCCGGUCCCGCCACGGCUCCUUCAGCGAGGGGCCUGCCAAGAUCGACCGGAUGGCCACCGAUAGCGUGCUUUUGACGAAGAAUCGAUCCAACAGUAUUGGGGUGACGAACCAGCCGUAUGCUGUGAAUGUCUUAGGCGAUGAAACCACUCCGGAUGGACGAUCCCGCAGCCCUCCGCCGUUGUCGCUCGAGGAAGUGAUGUCUCGAGCCGAAUCGCUGUCGAAGAAGCUGUCCGGGUCGAACAUCCCAUCUCGCGUAACGGAGACUGGAGACUUGAUGCUAGAUAUGACGGGCUACAAAAGCAGCGAGGAAGAUGCGCUGCGGGCGGAGGUCAUUGCCCGGAAGAUUCUCGCCGAAGAAUUGGAGGGCAAUUACGACAUCGGAGCCCUUAUCGGGGCAGAUGAGCACGGUAACCUAUGGAUCUACAGCAGCGAGGAGGCCAAAGAGGCUGCCGAUCGCCGGGCUACGUUCAACACAAUGCGACCGGGGUCGGCAAUGAGUGAAAAUGCCAUCUCUGACCCGGGGUACCAUAGCGAUAGCGAUCCGUCCAUCCAUGACAAGGCAGUGACGGCCCGUCACUACCGGACGCAAUCAGACGUGCAACCUGGCUUUCCUACGCCGCCACAGUCGCCUAGUCAAGAUUCCCUUGCCUUGGAACCCACACGUAACUACGCAAAGACUUUACGUUUGACCAGCGACCAGCUCAAGGCUUUGAAACUGAAACCUGGACCCAACAACAUGUCGUUCAGUGUGAAUCGAGCAACCUGCACCGCAAACAUGUAUCUGUGGAAUGGCAACACGCCGAUUGUGAUCUCGGACAUUGACGGGACUAUUACUAAGUCUGAUGCUUUGGGUCAUGUGCUGAACAUGAUCGGACGAGACUGGACACAUGCUGGAGUCGCCAAGUUGUACACAGACAUCGUGAAUAACGGCUACAACAUCAUGUACCUUACUAGUCGAUCCGUCGGCCAGGCCGACACUACGCGAGCCUAUUUAUAUGGAGUGUGCCAGGAUGGCUACCGACUCCCAAAGGGUCCAGUUAUCAUGAGUCCGGACCGGACCAUGGCAGCACUUCGACGGGAGAUCUACCUUCGGAAGCCCGAAGUCUUCAAGAUGGCGUGCUUGCGAGACAUCCUGAACUUGUUCAAUGGCAAGGAGAACCCAUUCUACGCCGGGUUUGGCAAUCGCCUGACGGACGCGCUAAGCUACCGCUCGGUGAAUAUCCCUUCUACACGGAUUUUCACAAUCAACUCGAAUACGGAGGUAUCGUUGGACCUUCUCAGUUUAAACAAAUACAAGAGCAGUUACGUUUCAAUGGGAGAGCUGCUUGACCACUUCUUCCCGCCUGUCAGUUUGCUGGUUCAGGCUGGUGGCGAGGAGUACACCGAUUUCACGUAUUGGCGUGAACCCCCGCCAGACCUCGAGGCGUUCUCAUGUACAGAUAGUGAAGCCGAAGACGAGGAACCGGAGGAAGACGAAGAGGAGGACGAAGAGGAGGACGAAGAGGAAGAGGAUGAGGAAGAAGAGGAGCUGGACGAGGAAGACGAACUUGAGGAAGAUGAGGAGUACGACGGCGAGAUCAGCGACGAUGGCAGCGAGGCUCUGGAUGAGGAGGAGAUUGAAGAGGAGGACCUCGGCGCCAGUUAUAUAUCGCAAGACUCUGUGGACGGAUCUGAAAUGGCGGAUGACCACCACAUUGUCCCCAAAGAGGAGGAAGGGAGAGCUGUCAGUGCCACUCCAGGGUCUCCCCCGAGGUCACCGUCUCGUUGAAGCGUUGUCGGGCGUUGUUGUUGUUGAAUCGGUGGGCAAUGAUUAGCGUGAAAAACGCUCGAUACCCCGUCUGAGGACGAUUGUCGCCGAUGCUUCGAGCUGUGAUGGCAUAGAUAGAGCUUGCAUGGGGGUGUUUGUUUAUAGAGCAGCAUUGAGGCGUUGCAAGGAUGCAUAGUCUAGUCUAGUCAGAGUCAUAGUUAUAGUUAUAUGUCAAUACACUUGCGGAGUAAUAGCUCUAUGAA